GCUUCCCAGAACCUGAAAAACCAUCGUCAAGGUAGCAGGAUUGAUUCAAGCUUUCCGGUCAGAACUUUCAAAUUAGAUUCCGCGUUGUGAGCAAGAAUGCAUUUCCAAAGUGGUGUUCGUUUAUUCAUAUGAUCACACACGAUUCAGUAAUUAAAUAUGAAAAUACAAAUGAUCGAAAUGUUCCAAAAAGAGGAACAAUAGCUUUGUAGUCAUCUCGGGUAUAGUGAGUUGUGCGAAACUAUGCGCUUUUAUUUUGAAAGCUGAACUGCGUCGUUUCCGCUGUCGCUCUAGCUUUCCUCGGCUAACUUGAAUGGGCUCCCUGUAACUACAUGGCUACCAAGUUAGCCGCGGUGAAGUCGCCCCUUCCUCCUCCUCGCUGUGUACUGUCCGACCUGAACUGACACUGCGGAUUGUUUCCACUCCUCUAGUCCGUCGUCAACCUCAGUAGAGACAAAACCAAAAUCCCGAACGUGUGGGCGGCGUGAAGCUGCAUGCAAGAAUGUGUGUUCGCCGAUAUUAUUAGCACCAGGUGGCUACAAGUAGCACCAAGGCCUACACUGAAGAGUGUGUCUGAGCCAGGCCACUGUUUGAAUUCAGCACGGCGAAGAGCGGAAACAAAAAGAAAGUUCAAGUCAGACACGGUCAUUCUAUUCAACAUGUCACCAGUCAUCUUUAAAUAACGACCGACAGCGUCACAAAAGCGCCACAAACCCCUGUGUGCAGUCACACAUGAUGGUGAAUCGCCGUUCCUGUGAUGUGCUGUCUAAAUGUGACCGUGAGAGGGGCGCAGAGCAGGUCGGACGAGGUGGUGUCCGAUAAUGGAUGCGUAGAAACCAACACCUGCUGGAGAUGUCAGAAUGAAACAGGGUUUCAGAUAAGCCUGUCUGGAGUGUCCCAAAGUAAACGUAAAGCUCUGAAGCUGAAUUUCGCCAACCCUCCAGUGAAACCAACCUCCAGGCUCCCGCUCAACCCAACGCCUCCCUCUUUCCAGAACCCGCACAUAGAGCGUCUGCAGCGACACAGUAUCGAGUCGUCGGGGAAGUUGAAGAUCUCUCCAGAGCAGCACUGUGACUUCACUGCAGAGGAUCUGAGAGACCUCGGGGAGAUCGGUCGCGGAGCGUAUGGCUCCGUCAACAAGAUGGUCUUCAAACCCACGGGCCAGAUCAUGGCUGUCAAGAGGAUUCGCUCCACUGUGGACGAGAAGGAGCAGAAGCAGCUGCUGAUGGAUCUCGACGUGGUGAUGAGGAGUAGUGACUGUCCCUACAUUGUUCAGUUCUACGGCGCUCUCUUCAGAGAGGGGGACUGUUGGAUUUGUAUGGAGCUUAUGUCUACCUCAUUAGACAAAUUCUACAAAUAUGUAUAUUGUGCAUUAGAUGACGUCAUUCCAGAGGAAAUAUUAGGCAAAAUAACAUUAGCGACCGUUAAAGCACUGAACCACUUAAAAGAAAACUUGAAAAUAAUUCACAGAGACAUCAAACCUUCCAACAUUCUAAUGGACCGAAGGGGUAACAUCAAGCUGUGUGAUUUUGGCAUCAGCGGCCAGCUGGUGGACUCCAUAGCCAAGACCAGAGAUGCAGGCUGCAGGCCUUACAUGGCGCCUGAAAGGAUAGACCCCAGUGCUUCCAGACAAGGCUAUGAUGUCCGCUCUGACGUGUGGAGCUUGGGAAUCACCCUGUACGAGCUGGCCACCGGACGGUUUCCUUACCCCAAGUGGAAUAGUGUUUUCGAUCAGCUGACACAAGUGGUGAAAGGUGAACCCCCCCAGCUCAGCAACUCAGAGGAGAGGCAGUUCUCCCCCAAGUUCAUCAACUUUGUUAACCUAUGCCUUACAAAGGAUGAAUCAAAAAGGCCAAAGUACAGGGAGCUUCUGAAACAUCCCUUCAUUCUGAUGUACGAAGAGCGUUUCGUGGACGUCGCAAGUUACGUAUGUCGCAUCCUGGAUCAGAUCCCAGCCUCUCCGAUCUCUCCUAUGUACGUGGACUGAUGGGAGUUAGGCCGGGGAAUCGGGAGUGGGGGGAGUGGGGUGGGGGGGGUCACCCAACAUGCGGUGGGUGGGACACAAAGCUUUGUGAUGCGACGCUUGACAUCUUAGCCCUCAGAGUAACGUAGGAUCACCCGUUUAUUCCCACGUUCCAAAGAACACAGGAACUAAGUCCAAAUUGCCCGGUGCAAUGAGAUGAUUUAUUGUUAAGAGAAGCCUUCCACCUCCAUCACCUCAUGCUAAAGUCGGUGAAAUCUAAAAUAUCAUCGUCCAUCUGCACCCAGAAAAACUUGAAGACAUAACAUUGUCUUAGUAAAAUGCAAUGCUUCUUUUUAUGUGAGGAAAAAGGAAUAGAGUAUACAUAUAUGGUAUAUAUAUACUUGAACUUGUUGUACACAAAUACAGAAUCUACCAAAUAAAAUGUUGAACAGUGACACU